AUGGAAGAGCAAACUAUUCAAGCUGGUAAUGUUAGUGAGGAGCAAAACCAACAGGGAGUUUCUGAGCAAACAGAACCGAAAGAUACGAACCAACAAGGAGCUUCUAUUAGUCCUCAUACAGAAGAACCGAAAGAUACGAACCAACAAGAAACUUCUAUUAAUACGCAGACAGAAGAACCGAAAAAUACGAACCUACAAGAAGCUUCUAUUAGUACGCAAUCGGAAGAUAACGUCAAUAACGUGGAGAAUAAGAAAGUGACAGUGGAAGACGUGGGGUCGAAAGAAAAUUUAGUAAAAAAAAAUGGUCCAGAUGAGAACUCGAAUGAUACGAAUUCUAACGAUACGAAUACUGCUAGUAGUGCAACAAUAUCGGAAGAUUUUUUAGAUUUGCAUGAUGAUGGGCCAAAAGAAGAAAAUGAGGAUCUUCUCUAUGAUCCAUCAAGACCAAUAACACAUCGAAUAGAAGAAGCCAUUCAAAAAUUUAGAAAGAACCGUAAAUUCACUCCAAUUCGUAAUCAGGUUUUCACCUCAUAUCUACGUUUUGGUGGGAUUAGUACGGGUCCAAAACAAUUUUUGAGUCAAGAUGGGGCUGACAAAGAAGGUGAAGAUGCACAAGAUAUUGCGGCGCGUCGCAGUACAGAUUUCGUUGAAGAUGACGACGAUGAUGAUAUGGAAGUAGACUUUACGUAUACUGUUCAAGUCUAUUUGUCUGGCUUUUUGAUAGACAAAUCUGGUUAUGUUCAGAUGGACCAAUUUCGUGAAGCACCUCAGGUUGUGAUUUCAUUUUUAAAUUAUUUGUGUAAUCGUAGAGUAUGUCCAGAAUAUGAUGAUGAUAUGCAAAAGGCUUUACGAAUCGCCAACAUUGCAGCGAUCGAAUUGCCGAACUGUAAAGCACUUGCACAUGAUGCGCCAGGAAAAUUCAACAAAGCGUGUUCUUUGUUAUUUGGAGGAGAAUUAUAUGGUGUGCUUGAUGAUCCUUGGAAUGGAGAAGAUAAGGUAGCAUCAAUGAUCGGAAUUUCAAAAAGGGAGGGAAUGCAACUUAUUAAAAAAGUAUUUGGAGACAAUGCAUUAGAAGAGUUGUCACUUGUGGAAAAAGAUUCUAAAUAUACCUUGACAUGUGAAAUUAUUGAGGUGGUGCCAUUUCAGGCCCAUAAUUCAAGUACAAAUGGUUCUACAAACGCUAACGGAGAAAAUUCGGCGGUGAAUAGCAAUGAAUCAAUUAAUCCAAAUAAAGAAGUACAAGAAGCUAAUGAUGAAAAAUCAGCGGUAAAUAGAGAUGAAUCACCUAAUCCAAUUAACGAGGCACAAACUAAUGGUGAAAAUUCGGCGGUGAAUAGUAGUGAAUCAACUAAUUCAAAUAACGAGGCAAUUAAUAACGAAACAAAUUUCACGAGGAUAAUGUUACGUGAGCGUGACGUAGAAAAUGCGGAACCUUUUCAUAUCACUGUCACUCCCGAAUUAGGGAGAUUUGCUACGCCCGGAAUGAUUAUCACCUCAGAUUUUUAUAAGUUAUCUAAUGGGUUUUGGUAUUGGGAUAAAAUUAACUUUCUGAAAAUGUCUCACCUGGGAAAUACAAAUUCUUCUUUGAAUGUCUCUAUUUUAAGGGAAUUGGCAAGAAAACAAUUGACCAAUGUUUUAGAUUCAGUUAGAGGGAAAAAAUGUUUAGUACUGGAUCCAAAUAUUAGUGCACCUUUGAGUUUAAUAGCUGAAUUUUCUUUGUUAAAGGAACAUGGCGUAGAAAAGGUGCAUUAUCUACAACCAGGACCUUUCGAAACCGAUCUAAAAAGUUUGAUUUAUAUAUGUCGUCCCCAAUUGAAUUAUAUGAAAUAUAUUGCUGAACAUAUAGGUCAUCAUCAAAAGAGCGAUCCCUCAUCAGAUUAUGAAUAUAAUCUUUUCUUUGUUCCUCGAAGGACUAAAAUUUGCGAAAGGGUUUUAGAGGAAACCGGU